AUGGAUGACCUUCUAUCAGUCGCACUGAGUGAAGCCGGUCUUGAAGAAUUCCUUACUGCCACUCCACCACCAUCAGAAUCUCUGGCCGUUUCUACAACAGGGAACUCAACUGAUGAAGCCACUCCCUCUCCCUCUACGUCCUCAUUGACUGCAAAGACAACUAUCUCUAGUGCAAGUGAGUCUAGGGAAGAAGGUGAAGAGAAUAUACUUCUGGAUGGAGCACCUGAUGGUACUUUUCCUUCUGAUAAUCACGUAGAAUUGUCUCAGCCUUCAACUUCGGCUGUGUCACCGGCCGCUUUUGCUUCCGAAGUGAAUGUGGUGAGGGAAGAGCCUGUGAAUGUUCCCACUAGGCAGGUCACUACUUUUAAACAAGGACCUACUACAACAGCUCCAAAACAGAUCAGGCAAGUGUAUACCGCCAGUCCAACGGGAGGGCAGCUUUUCCGUCAGGUAGUCCAGACGCCUGAUGGACCGAGAACGCAGCUACUGCGUCCAUUCAUAAAUGUAACUGUUGGGUUUAUAGUGGAAAUCAGGUCGUAG